UGACUACAAACAAGGAUCAAUGUUCACAAGUAAGUGCAAAUGGCUACAGGAAACCAUAUAUCGUGUGGACCUUGUAUGUUUGAUGACGUCACAAAGGAUGCAGGAAGAUGGUGUACUAAUUGUGAAGAAGGAUUAUGUGAAGAUUGUGAAAACGUUCACAGAAAAGGUAAAACCACAAGAAACCAUAGGGUUAUUUCAAUAGAGGACUACCGCAAGAUUGAACACGUUUCAAUCUCCCAAGUCUGUGAGCAUCAUGGAGAAAACCUGGAGUGGUUCUGUAAAAGUCACGACGAAGUCCUGUGUGUUGUUUGUGUACCAUCAAAGCACAAUGCAUGUUCUGAUGUUAUACCAAUAAGUGUUAACUCAGCAGACUCAAGACAAUCAACUGCAUUUUCUGAUCUGGAAGAGACGAUUAACGGAACUCUACGUAAUGUGAAACAAUGCAUCAGAAAUCGUGAAUCUGCUUCAAAUGAACUCGAAAAACAAGAACUGGAGAUUAAAACCAUGGUUCAUGAAACGAGAACGAAUAUAAAUAGCCACCUAGACAGGUUACAGGAAAAAUUGUUAUACGAACUUAGAUCUUCAUCUGACACUUGUAAAUCAAAAUAUAUCAAACUCCUUCAGAAGCUUAAAUCAACAGAAGAAAUGCUUACCAAAGUUAGGGAACAAACAACACAUAUGAAACAGUUUUCUUCUGACAUACAAGUGUUUCUUGGAACGCGUCAGGUCAGUAGGCAGAUCGACCGCGAGGUAGAAUCAAUCAAGAGCGAGUUUGAUGCUACCAAGGACUAUGAAUUAAAAGUAUCAAUGCAUAGCUUAAUCACAAAAUUAUCGAACGACGUUGAAGAGUUUGGUAAAAUAAUGGUGUCAGAAUCCGCCACUAACUUCGAUCUCAGAGCCCAAAAAUUCGAUCAAGCUCAAAUGAAGAUCAACGUCCAAAGGUCAAGAAGCAUAUUAGACAUACAACUUCAGCUAAUUAGAUCAUUUCAAAUUAAGAGUAAAAAUGAAAUUAGAGUUAUAGGUUGCAUCAUCUUACCGAAUCGUAAUUUGCUCAUAGCGAACAAAAAAGAUAAUCAUUUGAUAGAGUACAGCGAUACAGGGGAACAUAUCCGUGACAUUCCAGUAUCUAGCAAACCAUACGGUAUUGCUGUGAUUGAUCCUAGUCGUAUUGUUGUGACGUACGGGGAAUACUCAUACAUUGAAAUAAUGAAUUACGAAAAUUUUAACGUUCAGAAGAAUUUUCGUUUACCAAAGAAUUGUUGGGGGGUAUCUCACGCGGAUGGGAAACUAUACGUAGUCUAUGGAGACAGUAUACAAGUUCUGGAUGUAUCUGGACGACAAAUGAAAACUAUAGAAACAGCAUCUAUGCGUGUAACUCGUAUAAAUGUUACCAGAGAAAAGAUUAUUUGUUCAGAUUGGGAACAGAAAAAAGUAUAUUGUUGUCAAAUGAAUGGGAAAAAAUUAUGGCAGUUCCAAAAAAAUAGCAUGAAGUUUCCGAAAGGUUUAACGGUAGAUAAUUACCAAAACGUUUACGUUGUGGAUUUUAUUUCCGAAAAUUUAACAAUAAUUCAACAUGACGGGAGUGCCAGUAAGACACUACUGACAAGUUUGGAUGGACUGCGGUUUCCAUCAGAUGUGUAUUAUGACAAGGUUACAAAUGCAUUGCUGAUAUGCAAUGAAAGAGGCACGGUUUCAUUGUAUAAAGUCCUUUAA